ACUUUGUUGGCAGUCUGUCGCUUGCUCUUCCUGCAAUGUUGUGGGAGAAGUGCGCCUGGCCUCUGCUGUCACUGGUGGCUCUACUGGUGGUGGCAGAUGGUGGCGUAACGGAGCAGCGCAGGGGUACAGAUGGCAGCGACACUGGCAGCGGCGGCAGCACCAGGGGCAACGGCCGCCGCUUCAGCCGCAUCCAGCACGGUCAGUGCACCUACACGUUCAUCCUGCCCGAGAACGACGGCAGCGGCGCCCCGUGCCAGGAGGGGAGGGCCGGUGGGCAGUACAGCGUCAAUGCCCUCCAGCGGGACGCACCUCAGGCCGAGCAGGACUUCCCCAGCAAGAAGAUCCAGCACCUCGAGCACAUCAUGGAGAACUACACCCAGUGGCUCCAGAAGAUUGAGAACUACAUCAAGGAGAGCAUGAGGGCGGAGAUGGCCCAGAUGCAGCAGAGCGCUGUGCACAACCACACGGCUGCCAUGCUGGAGAUGGGCACCAGCCUGCUGUCCCAGACGGCCGAGCAGACGCGCAAACUGACGGAUGUGGAGACGCAGGUUUUGAAUCAGACGUCGAGACUUGAAAUCCAGCUUCUGGAGAAUUCACUCUCUACCAACAAGCUGGAGAAGCAGCUGCUUGUGCAGACGAAUGAGAUCGGCAAGCUGCACGAUAAGAACAGGCUCCUGGAACAGAAGAUGCAGGAGAUGGAGUCGCGGCACGAUAAGGAGCUGGGGUCCCUGAGGGAGGAAAAGGGGAGUUUGCAGGAGCUGGUAGCCAAGCAGAGCCAGGUGAUCCAGGAGCUGGAGAGUCAACUGGGCCGAACCACUGGCAACGACAGCGCCUUGCAGAGGCAGCAGCAGGACAUUGUCAAUGGCUUUGUUUCCGUUGCAUGCGGCCCAGCAGCGGUCCCAAACAGCACCAAGCAGGCUGAUGAGGAGAAGAAGUUCCGUGACUGUGCUGACCUCUUCCAGGCUGGCUUCACUAAGAAUGGCGUUUACACCGUAUACCUGAAUGUGCUGGAGACCAAAAAGGUUUACUGCAACAUGGAGUCUGCAGGUGGAGGUUGGACAGUGAUUCAGCGAAGAGAGGAUGGGAGCAUGGACUUCCAGAGGACAUGGAAGGAGUACAAGAUGGGCUUUGGCAGCGUGUCCGGUGAGCACUGGCUGGGGAACGAGUUUGUCUUCCUGCUGACCAGCCAGAGGCCGUACACCCUGCGGGUCGAGCUCACCGACUGGGACGGACACCAGGCCUUCUCUCAGUACGACCGCUUCCAGCUCGGGAACGAGAAGCAAAAUUACAGACUGUUCCUGAAGAGCCACAGCGGGACAGCUGGCAGGCAGAGCAGCAUGGUGAUCCACGGGGCCGAUUUCAGCACCAGAGACGUGGACAACGACAACUGCAUGUGCAAGUGUGCGCUCAUGCUCACGGGAGGGUGGUGGUUCGAUGCCUGCGGCCCAUCGAACCUCAAUGGGAUGUACUACAACCAUGGACAGCAUGUGGGAAAACUUAACGGCAUCAAAUGGCACUACUUCAAAGGCCCAAGCUACUCUCUGCGUGCCACCACCAUGAUGAUCCGCCCUCUGGACUUCUGAAUGGUUCCCACGUCUCUGAACAUCAUCAAUGC